AUGAGAAGAAUUUUCAGGUCUUUUGUAAGCAUGCCAAACUUAAAAACAGGAGAUUACAUGCAAAAAUUCUAUAACUCUGUGAGCGAACCAAAAAUUUUUUGUUCGCUCAUGCUGAUUUUUUUUUUAAAAUCCCAAUUCGCAAAAUUCGAAAGCAAAUAUUUAUUUAAUUUGUAAAAUUUUAUGUUAAAAUUAAACAGAAUUAGCAGAAGAUUUCAUUAUACUAAUUAUCACUUAUAUAUCAAUUUUUUCAUAAAAUUUUUUGUUCGUUGGGUGUGCUUUUGGAAAAAAAUAGGGAUUUUUUCCAAUAGUUUUGCUCGCUCAAGGAGGGGUUGUAAGCAUGCAGGAGUCAAAGAGACCGAAAAAGGUUUUCAAGUCCUGCUUGAUGGCCGAGGAAUAAAAACACCUGAAAGAAAUAAUGUAAUUCUGCCCACUGAAAUACUAGCCUUAGGAGUAGCAACAGAAUGGCAAGUCCAGGACAAAUUCAUAAGAACUUCAUCUAUGCCUUUGGUACUUUCUAUUUAGUUCCAGCUCUCAGCCACCGCAAUUGAUCUUUCACAUACAGGCAUUCGUCCACAACUAACAGAACGAAUCCAUCAAUUUUUACAAAAUGACAGUAUAUGGCAAGUAUUAUUAAUUUAGUUAUCGAGAAGACGAGCAAGAAAAAUCAGACCGUCAAACCAAACUUUUCACCCCAGUGAUUAAUCACGUAAAAGAAAAAUACGGCAUUGAGCUCUCUACCUGCUCAGGAUUUUCUACCCCACAAAUUUCUAAAGAGUCCUUUGAUAACCUGCAAAAACACAUAGAAACCUUAGACAGCUUUGAAAUUGUUGCUUUAGAAGCAGCCACCACAAUAGCAAAAUCUACUAGUGUUGGCUUGUCUUUGUUAGAUGGGUUUUUAUCUAUUGAGAGAGAAUUAAAUUAGAGAGGGUUAAAACGGGGUUUUAUUUCAGCCCUUGAUCCAGUCGAUCUUCAGCUUCACGCUCCUGUUGCGCUAAGCACUAAAGCUACCUAUCGCCCUUUUCUGUCGACGUCACCAUUUUUCGUCGUGACGUCGAUAUCUUUCGGGGAGACUCACCCGCAUCUGCUUGGACCAGAAUUUUCGGCAAAGGACUCUCUUAAACCUGGUAGUGCCCAGGGUACGAGAGAAUUGUCCAAAGCCUCCUUCUGGAACUACCUCUGCCAUUUGCAGAUAGCAUAAUGCUCCUCCAGAAGUGCUCGAUUGAUGUUGCGUCGCCGAUCUUCUUGUCUUUGGAUUGGGGAGGCCCUGUCAGCCCAAGCCCACACUCUCUAGCCACCCGGAAAAUUGCCACCGCGACCUCGUGGGCCCUCAGGGCCACCUUUUUUCUUUCGGAAGCCCUAAGUUUUUUUUUUGUUGCUGUCGCCCUGAGCAACUGCUGCUGCAAUUGGCAAAAAUGGCAAUUAUCUUUUAUCUAUUGAAAAUUCCUUAAAAUGCUCCCGUCUGGAAGAAGAUUUGCAAAUAGAAGCAUACGGUAAAGUUGAAGGCCAUCACGAUUUAGAUGAAUUAAGCUCUCUAGUAGUCUUAGCAGCAGCAAAAACCUUAAUUUCAUUUAAGAACUUUAAUUCAUAA